CGUAAACAAGACAGUCAUGGCAACAAGAUGACUCAUCCUAGAUUGAUCCCAUCAACUGUUUCACAAACCAUCACUCCAUUGUGAAGGCAUUAUUGAUAAUAAUCUCAAUGAUCGUGCCGGAAUUAACGUUUGGGGAAUUGGGGGAAGGCCCCUCCAUUCUGUCCCGGCUAAACUUGAUUGGAGACGUCUUGUUGAGCUUCCCUACCGGAAACGUUGAUGAGCUGCCUGUGGCGGUCCUGCAGACGGCGUCUUGUAUCUUGGACCUUUCCAACGAGAACGAUACUCGUAAGGUGAAGCAGCUCUUAGAUGAUGGGGCAAGGAGAGUUAUACUACCCGCCUUCUCCGCUGAUGAAGUUGAGAGCUGCGGGUCCGCUAUCGAGGGGUUACCAGCCGAGCGAUUAUUAGUGGCUAUUCCCGCUGGAGCAAAGGAGGUCAGAGUGUCGGAAAUUGUUGAACAUUGGAAAACGGCUACUUCUGGCUAUCUAUGGGAGGUGGAUGCUACUCCUGAUCUGGAUGAAACUCUAAUUGUGGAGAAAGCAAAGCAGAUACGACAAUCAAUCGGAGAUGGUAAUCUCCUCGUUAGAGUAGUGGGAGGGCGACUCUCUGUGUCUCUGAUUCGCCGUCUUCAUGAAUUCAAUAUCGAUUUGGUGGCUCCAGCCAGUGGACUGUCCUUUGACUUGGGAGACUCGACCAAACUCAAUAUCGGUGAGGCCUUUGCUUCGGUUCUGAUAUCGGACCGAUCCGAUGGGUUGUUCCCUACCGUGGUGGUAGACGAGCAGCGAGUAGCACUAGGACUAUGCUACUCAUCUGUUGAGAGCAUAUCUCACGCUCUGCGGACCGGGCAGGGGGUAUACCAGUCCAGGACACGAGGUUUAUGGUACAAAGGGGCAUCAUCGGGCGCAACCCAAAAGUUAUUAAAAAUCUCAUACGAUUGUGACGAAGACGCACUUCAAUUUAUUGUCAAGCAAACUGAUCCUGGUUUCUGUCACAGGAACACGAGGACAUGUUUUGGCCCAGACUCUGGUAUAAGUCACUUAGCCGCCACUCUCCGUAGUCGGAAAGCCACAGCCCCUGCAGGGUCUUACACGCGACGUCUUUUUGAUGAUCGCGAUCUUCUUCACUCAAAGAUUAUGGAGGAGGCGGAAGAAUUGUGCAACGCAAAGUCUGCAGAAGAUAUUGCUUGGGAAACGGCCGAUCUCAUCUACUUUGCACUGGUCAAGUGCACAGCUGCGGGGGUCAGCCUUGCUGAUGUUGAAGCACAGCUUGAUCGGCGUGCAAGGAAAGUGAGUCGUCGCCCGGGGAACGCGAAGCCAAAAUGGGACAUGUCAGGGAAGGCAUCCAAUGGUAGCCCCGUACCUAAGCAAACCGGCGCUAGCCAUGAUGAAAUAAAUGGUCUUCAAGAGCCCAUUAGUCCGAGAAAUGGAACUCGUGCAGAGGAUGAAAAGAAGGAAAUCAAGAUGAAAACGUACAUCAUCGCAGAAACCACACCGGAGCAGCGAAGGAAUCUGUUACUUCGACCUAUUAUUAAAACAGAGGAAAUCAUUGCGCGUGUACGACCCAUUAUGGCCGAUGUUCGCCAGCGAGGAGAUGAGGCAAUCUUUGAUCUAACCGAACGGUUUGACGGGGUAAAGUUGUCCUCCACGGUCCUGAAAGCACCUUUCCCAUCGACAGCCAUGCUAUUGCCGCAAAAUGUGCGCCAAGCGAUUGAUCAAGCGUACGAGAAUAUUCGCCGAUUCCAUGAGGCUCAGUUGGACCGGUCUGUAUUACGAGUGGAGACAAUGCCAGGAGUCGUGUGUACCCGAUUCUUCCGACCCAUUGAACGAGUCGGCCUUUACGUACCCGGGGGAACUGCUGUGCUUCCGUCCAGUACCCUCAUGUUGGGUGUCCCUGCAAAAGUAGCGGGUUGUUCAGAAAUUGUCAUUGCGACUCCUCCGCGCAAGGAUGGCUCAGUGGCGCCCGAAGUAAUAUAUGUGGCACAUAAGAUCGGAGCCUCAACAGUUGUGGUGGCUGGCGGUGCUCAGGCUGUUGCGGCCAUGGCAUAUGGUACCGCCAGUGUGCCGAAAGUCGACAAGAUAUGCGGUCCUGGUAAUCAAUACGUAACAGCAGCGAAGAUGAUAGCCCAGAGCGACAGUUCAGCCAUGGUUUCCAUCGAUAUGCCGGCUGGUCCCUCUGAACUCUUGGUCAUUGCUGACUCUAGCUGCAAUCCCGCGUACGUUGCGUCCGACUUGCUGAGCCAAGCAGAACACGGCGCAGAUAGUCAGGUUGUCUUGAUUGCCGUCGGUCUCGCAGAUGCCGACGUUGCAGCGAUUGAACGAGAAGUGAAAACCCAGGGUGAAGCGUUGCCUCGCGCAGCGAUUGUUAGGGAGUCUAUCCCAAAAAGUUAUAUUUUGAGAGUCGACACAAUGGAGCAAGCGAUGGACUUCUCAAACCGUUACGCACCAGAACACCUAAUUCUUCAUCUUGAGGAAGCCGAGAAUUGGGUAGACCAAGUGCAGAAUGCCGGAUCGGUCUUCGUCGGCCCCUACUCACCUGAAAGCUGUGGAGACUAUGCGUCAGGCACCAAUCAUACAUUACCGACGUAUGGAUAUGCCCGAAUGUACUCAGGCGUCAAUACUCUCACGUUCGUGAAACAUAUCACUAGCCAAAUGCUGACCCGCGAGGGUUUAGACAGGUUGGGUGACACAGUGACGACGCUGGCGGAAGUUGAAGGGUUGGAAGCUCAUCGAAAUGCGGUGGCCAUUCGACUAAAAGAUAUACGUGCAGGUCGCGAGUGAAGUGUAUAUAUAGUCGCGGCGUAAUUUAGUGAUAAGAUUUACAUUCAUAUUGUCAAUAGUUAACAUCAUCUCAACCGUG